UAGUGAAUGUGAGACGAGCAACAGGAAGUCGCGUGAAAUGUCCCAGAAAGUGAAAGAUCAAGUGGUUAUGGACGUGGGGGAGAAACUCCUCAAAGGAAGUUGGCUCAUUCUGGGACCGCCGGCUUUGAAGUACGCGGCCGAAAUGAAACAGACCCUGGGCCAGAACUCUCGCCCCAUUUACAACUAUGCGAUGCGCGGCGUGGUCACUUGCUUCACCGGCAUACGCAAGAAGGAUGAGCUGACAAAGCUGGUCAACCUCAUACACUCGAUGGGCGGCUGCAUCAAGAAGGACCUCAACACAAAGACCACGCAUCUAAUUUGUAAUCACAGUGGCGGCGAAAAGUAUCAGUACGCCAAAACCUUUCGGUUGACUGUGGUUCGUCCUGCCUGGGUGUAUGCCGCCUGGUCGGAUCGCAACUCCCUGGAGUUCGACGCCACCCAGGAGACCUUCACCAAGACCCACCGCCUCAAGGCCUUCGAGGGCCAGAAGAUCUGCUUCUUCGGCUUCCCGCCCGAGGAGCACCAACACAUGGUCGAUGUGCUGCUGGAGAACGGCGGCGUUUGCGCCGAGCUGGAGGACCCGGAGUGCUCGCAUGUCGUGAUGCCCAACACGGGCGCAGUCUUUACAAGCACUAGCACUAGCACAGAUACUAACCCAAGCACCCAGACUAACCCCCCACCCGACUCCCAAACCCAAUCCCAAUCACAAACCCCGGGCCAGCGCCAGGGGAACGAGGAGCAGUUGCAGGCCGAGGAUGCAGGGCAGGCGGGGAUCGAAAAUGGGAAGCACUCCCCCACCGAUACAGACGACGGGGUUGUACCACUGGAUGUGGACCCGGAUUCGGACCCGGACCAGGAGCAGAAGGAGAACCAGGACCUGGACGACGAGGACGACAUACACUUUGACGAGCGGCUCUUUGUGGAGGCUGCGGAUAUAGGAAAUCCUGGGGAUGACCAGUUGCCCGAGUCCGACGAGGAGGAUGUAGAAGAGGCUGGGAAGAAGGAGGUGAAAACAGAGCAGCUGGAGGAGGAAGACGAGGAGGAUGUCCAGGCCAGCACGCCAAAGACCAGCAAAGUAAGACUCAGCCUGAAAUCAGCCACGCCCCUGAGCUCCCCAGAGACGGAGGGCGUAGUCCUGGACUUCCAGAGCACCACCCAGAACAUAUCGCCCAUCCUCAAGGCGAUCAACGAGUGCGACCUGGAGACGGAUGACAUGCCCGUCACCGAGAAUGACUUGAAGAGGAAGCGCGACAGCUUCGACAAUGUAUCCCUGAUGUCGGUGGACUCCUUCGCUCUGCCCACCAGCACCAAGAAGCCCAAACUGAUCCGCACCGGGUCCAUUUCACGAACCCUGCGCCGCUCCGUGAGCUUUGUGGCCGAACCUCUGAUGAAGACUCUAAGACCUCGCAGGAGCUCUGUGGCCGAUGCCUCCACCUUCCUGGGCAGCGAGGCAGCCGAUGACUCCAUUUGCUCGCUGGCCUCCUCCAUCAACCUGACCCUCAACGAGUCCAUCAAGAAGCCUGUGAAGGAUAAGCUGCGCAGCUUCUGCGGCAGGAUCACCCGGAGCAGCAGUCGUCGCGUGGAGAGAGGCGCCGACGGCACUCCCGAGUGCUCCACCCAGCUGGACAGCGGCUUCAAGACGCCCAAGGCCCCCAAGAUUCGAUCCUCGGCCACCCCGAAGACAGCCAAGCGCCUCUUCGGUCCCGUGGUGUCCGCCCUGACCCUGACCAAUCCCUCCACCCCCACGCUGGUGAAUCCCCUUCCGAUUCCCCCGCCCACCGCCAGUCUGGACGUGAACGACACCUCGUCCCAUACAUUUGCUUUCUGUGCUGCUGCCGUCACGCCUGCCAUGCCAUCAUCAUCUUCAUCGUCAUCCCCCACCCAGUCGACUGCUGUACAUAGCUCGGUGCAGGUCAUUAACAAGUCCCCCGAGGAAGAGCCCCUGCCAAUGGUGGUGGACGAGCACACGACUGUGUCGAAGCCGGAGCCCAAGAAUAACCACACACACAUCCUGAAAUCAGACUGGUUCUGGUACACCAUCCAGAAUGGCUAUGCCAACGAGAUGGACUAUCUGUUUGGCGAUUACCUGGAUAGCAUCACGAAUACCCCCAACACGGAUCGUCGCGACUCCUUACCCAUUAGCUUUAAUAAACGGAAACGCAAGCGUUUCUCGCAGCGCAUCCAACUGGAGGGCACUCCCCUGGGGUCUGGCAAGCGACGCUCCUCUGUCUCGGAUGCUGGGCUCCUGUCCGUUUCCAACAGCUUCUUCGACUGCACCACCAGUCCGGACAAGCUGGAGGUGGACAAGCUGCACCACGCCGAGCCGGAGGCCAGUGACGCCACGCCCGCCAAGAAGUCGAUGCGCUUCAACCACUUUAUGGACUUUUUCACCACCGAGUCCAACUACGUGGGCAUCCUGGAUACCAUUCUGAAUCUCUUCAAAAACAAGCUGGAAGAACUGGCGGAGACCAAUGACCCCUUGCUGAACAAAUCGGAAAUCAAAACCAUCUUCGGCAACUUUCUGCCCAUCCACGAGGUGCACCAAAGCAUGCUGGAGCACCUGCGGAAGCUGCACGCCAACUGGCGGGAGGAUUGCUUGAUCGGCGACAUCAUCAUCCAGCACAGGGACGAGCUGAUCAAGGCCUACCCCCCCUACGUCAACUUCUUCGAGCAGAUGAAGGAGCAGCUGCUGUACUGCGACCGCGAGUACCCUCGCUUCCAUGCCUUCCUGAAGAUCAACCAGACCAAGCCGGAGUGCGGCCGCCAGAGCCUGCAGGACCUGAUGAUCAGGCCCGUGCAGCGACUACCCAGCAUCAGUCUCCUGCUGAACGACAUCCUGAAGCACACGAACGGCAGCAACGCGGAUCACGGUCGGUUGGAGGAGGCGCUGAAGGCCAUCAAGCAGGUGACGCUGCACAUCAACGAGGACAAGAGGCGCACCGAGUCGCGCAUGGCCAUCUUCGAUAUAUUCAACGAUAUCGAUGGUUGUCCGCCACAUUUGGUGAGCUCCAACCGCUCGUUCAUCUCCAAAUGCGAGGUCAACGAGCUCUCCGACUCCCUAAGCGGCCGAGGUGACAGCCUCGUCGUGUACCUCUUCUCCGAUUCCAUGGAGCUGUGCAAGCGGCGGUCGCGCGGCUUCAACACCGCCAAGUCGCCGAGCACGGCCAAGACGCACAAGCACCUCAAGCUGAUAUCGCUGAACACCAUACGGCUGGUGAUCGACAUCUCGGACAGCCCGCGGGCCUUUGGGCUCCUCCAGCGAGGCGAAAAGGAGAAGCUGUACACGUUUACGAUCAGCGACGAGGAGACGGACAAGCAUGUCUAUGUGAAGAAGCUCUGCAACCAGAUAGCGGCUCACACGUGUCGCACAGAUGCGGACAAGCUGUUGAUUAGUCGAACCUCCCAGGAACUGGAGGUGGACAUAAGCGAUGUAAAUGUCAGCACGCUGAGCAAGGCCUUCAAGCUGGCGGCCAAGACUCGACUAAAGGUGGGUCGCGCCUUCUCCUUCAACAAGACACCCAACAAGCUGAAAAGAGCCGUCUCCACCAUGAUGACCUCGCCCUUUGGCAGCACCAACUCGCUAACGCCUGCCUCCCAACUGGCCCAAAUGCGUCUGGCCAGCUGCACGAACAUUAAUGAAGUAGACGACGAGGACUGUGCCAGCAUGAGGAGCAGCUCGCCCUCGACGCAGUCGGAAAUGCUGGUGGUACCGCCGCUCUCCGUGCAGCCCACUCGGAAAAACAAGGCCGUUGUGGGCCGAAUUUAAGGAGUUGAACGAUGACUCCGCCGUGCUUUAAAGCACGUAUUGUGUAUUCCAUUUUGUUCGAGGUCUUGCCAUGACCCGCCGGCAGAUCUGAUGAUGAUUGUAAUUCCUUGGACGUGGAUGAAGAGCGUCCGAGUUCCGAGUUGCGACUGCCCCGUUUGAAUUCGUAAUCUCACAAAAUCAACCAGAAAUAUCACGCGUCCAAUAUUUUUUAGAUUGUAAAUUGUAUUGUUAAGCUGCAACUGG